AUGGCCGAGAUUCGAAUUCAAUGGAGCAGAGCUUGGAGUUCCCUGGGCUGUGGGCAUCCCCUGCAGACGAAAGUGCCAACAGGAGGCGUGUACACUGCGUCUGGCAGCGAGUCAAGCGGCAGUGUUCCGUGCUUCCGUGCAAUUGGCGGCCUCGGGGCUGUGGUAUUUCUGCAGCGACGGCGAAGCUGCAGAUUGCAUCUGAGGCGUUUGACAGCGGUUCGAAAGCUGUCUGGGAAAGCUGAGAUGCCAAGGGAAGAGUCCCUAAAUCCUGCCGACUUCACAGCAGAUAUAGAAAACAUUGAAUCGCAGAUUCGAAGCCUCGAUCGUAUUUGUGGUCAAGCUGCUGGGACCAGCUUCCCACCAAAAUCCAACAAAAGUGGUCUUUCAGCCCUGAACGAUCUGGAGACUCUUGCAGAUUCAACCCAACUGGCACCAGGCAGUUUGAUUGAACAGGGCAACGCCGGGACCGAUGCUCUGGUGGCUAGCAUUCUGGAGGAGAGCCAUGAUGAUCCUGAGUCUGAGAACUUGGUUUUGUUGAACCUCUUUAAGGAUUUGCAAUCUGACGAGCCUCAGGUAUUGAAGGUGCCGGCGGACAUUGCCAAUCAGUUGGACGAGAGGACGAGUCAGGAUGAGAAGCUUGUUACUCUGCCUUUGCCUUGCAACGAUGAGAGUGAAAAUGCUCAGAGUGCACGUGUCCCUGUGGCAGCCGCCAUUUCGGAGAUUUCUCGUAGUAGGGCCUCGCUGGGCAAAAGCGAAGCUUUGUUCCACUCAAACAUCUCUUCAACGACGAUGCCGACUGCUUCCGCACCGAGUUCGAUGCCUUUAGGAGACUUAUUGAAGACGUGUGGCUACACGUCUGCUCCACUUUUUGGUGAAGGAGGCGUUUCCAUUACUGGAGUGGUCGAUGUUGCCCAGCGUGCAACCGAGGGCGACUUUCUGCUCCUGAGCUCCAAUGCAGCUGCCGACGGCUUCCUCCUAGAGAAAGCUUUGGAGCAAGGGGUGUCUGCCAUUGGUAUACUGGCCGAGUCUGACAUGUCCCGAGAAGAAGCAGGUAAACUUUUUUCGCGCUUCUCAGACACAGGUUUACAGGCAGUAGUUCUUCUGUCUUCUGGACUGCCGUCUCCCACCCAUUGCUUAGCCGAAGCGUUUUACGCAAGUAGCCGCCCACAGGCUCCGAUGCAACUAAUUGGGGUGAUCGGUGGUCAGGAGUACGACGUGAGGACCACUGCGUGGCUUCUUUUCAAGCUGCUGGAGUCAGCCAAGGGUCCGGCAAAAACUGGGUUGUUAAGCGACCGUCGCUGCAUGAUCGCGUUUCAGAGCAAAGAUGUUGGAGAUUCACUCACGUGUUGUGCAGUACAGGAACUCUUGGCAGAGAUGGCGGGCGCAGGUGUCAGAGCCUGCGUCGUUGAAAUUCUGCCGGGUGCCGCUGCUUUCCAAGAAGUUGACUUCGAUGUGCUGGUGGAUUUGGGAGAGACACGAGAUUCUCCAGCCGCAGAAGUGCUUCGCCAGAGAUGUCUCCAAACUUCAAAGGCAGUAGUGGGUCCACACGACGGGGUGCAAGCUGGAAGUUCUCUGGCAACCUACAGCGUAGAAGUCUCGUCGUUUGAGGAUGAGAAAUCGGAUCUGGCGAAUCUAACAAAGGCUAAAAUCGUUGAGAAACUUGUGGAUCUUGGAGUCGACGACAUCCCAGCGGAUGCCAGGAAGCCUGAGCUAGUCCAAAUGCUGGAGGAGCUUCUCCCCUCCUCAGUCGAUGCUGUCGAAACCGAGGCCUCGGCAACUGCUUCGCCGGCAUCAAACUGCCUUUAUGGCCGAACCACGCCCACCCCGUUUAUGAGGCAAUGUCACAUGGAACUCAGUGGGCUGGGCCUCGAACGUGGUUUGAAUUUGCCACUGCUAAAAGACACCAGCCCAGCAGCUGUGGCCGCCCUUUGUGCUGCCGGUGCAAUCUUACGGUGUGAUGACCCGCUGAUAGAUAUUCGAGGCUUGGCGUCAAGACUCGAGGCAAUCAACCCGCCUCCAGGAACCUUCGAGAUUUUUUCCUCCGAAGACAUGCACGAUAGUGCAGUUCUUCUGCAUGAAGCUGCCUCGCCUCUCCAUGUUGAACAAGCUUUGCGGGUCACAAGGUCUUCCAUGGCUCAUGCGCCCAACCUGCUGACUCGGCUGACUGCUGUGUUCGGCUGUGAUGGCGAAGUGUCUCGGGGUGACAGGGCCAAGUUUGGCUGGGCGCUUGCAGCUUGCGAUAAACUGAUUUUAACUUCCGCCAGUCCUCGAGGGGAGCCGCCCAUGCAGAUUCUCGAAGAUAUCUUGGAAGCGGUGAAGCAACAAAGGAGUUGUCUUGAGCUGAAUGCUCCGCUGGAAGUUCAUGUUGUGGCAGACCGUGCUGACGCCAUAAAGCUCGCUACGUUGCUGAACCGGAAUCAGCCGAAACCGCAGCUGGCACAGGCAAGCCUCGUGUUCGGAAGCAGCUACGACGAUGUCUGUGACGCAGCAGACCAGGAGGGAGCAAUCCGAACAUGGCUGUGCAAUGACCGCAAGAUGAUAGCAGAUGCGCUGCAUCUAGCAGAAGGCUUGAACUCCUCAUCAUUGGAAGACGACCAGAUGCCUUGGGGAUUAUAUCCCGACGGUCGCUUGUAUCCAGGAAGGUCCUUGCAUUGGUCCUAUGCAGUGGGGGUGUCCGCCGAAGACCAGGUGGUGGAACGGCUUUAG